UGUAACUAAUUUUAGGUUCAGUUGUAUUAUGUUAUGGUUCUGUAAUUUUUUAUUAUAAAUUAAAAAAAUUUUCUUCAUAUUGUUUUUUCAUUAUAUACUUUUAUAAAGUUUGAAAUUUACAAUUAAUAAAAUGCUAUCAAUUUACUUAGCAACAGGAAAUCACAAAGAUAUUAAGAUGAUGGAAGUUUAUCCACCCAUUGAUAGUAAUAAAAUAAUGAGAAAAUUAAUAGAGACAUUUGGAAUUGCAAGUAAUUAUUAUUUUUUAAAAAAUAAUGGUCGAUUAGUCGAAUUAGAUGAUAUUAUUUAUAAUGGAGACAUAUUAUUGCAACCAAGGUUGUGUGGAGGUAAAGGUGGCUUUGGUUCAAUGUUAAGAGCUAUUGGUGCUCAAAUAGAAAAAACAACUAAUAGAGAAGCAUGUAGAGAUUUAAGUGGACGUAGAUUAAGAGAUAUUAACGAAGAAAAAAGGUUGAAAGCAUGGAUAGAAAAACAAUCGAAAAGAAAUGAGGAGGCUGCUGAACGCAAAAAGAGAAAAUUGGAAAAGCUUUGCGCUGAACCCAAACACGAAUUCAAAGAUAAGUCUUAUUAUCAGCAACGCUCUGAUUUGACCGAAAGAGUUGAAGAUGCUGUAGAGGUGGGCUUUGCAGCAUCGUCUUCAUCUGGUAUUAAAAGAAGUACGAACGAAGAUUCUAAAUCAAAUUUAAAGAAAAAAAGGAAAACAAUAUUGGAUUUAGAUGAUGAUAUUGAUUCCGAUGAUCUUGAAUCUUCAGACAAUAGUGAUAGCGAAGAAUCGAAUAUAAAGAAACAUAUUGUUAGCAGUAAGUCGGAUGUUGAAAAUUCCUUGGAUGAUACAGCAAACUACUCGAAAAGUAGUUCUGUUGAAGAAAAAUCUGAUCUUGUAAAUUAUUCACCUGUACUUAGUAUAGAAAAUACACAACAUAUAAGUGGAUAGUCGAGCUUUUAAAAAUAUUGGCCUUAAAAUUGUAUAGGAAGUUAGUAUAAUAUAUUUUC